CAUACCCCAAUGCGCGUGGCCAUUACGUCACGACCUCGGACCUCCCAAAUAAUGUCAUCAUAGCAUCACCACCUCCGUCUUCCGCUGAUCGGAUCCAUUAUCGGCAUCGCUACUUGAUUAUUUUAUCGUGAUUUUUUAAUGCAGGUCCAAAUGUUCGAUCAAUUCUUGCAAUGUGAUGCCAAAAGCUGUGCCGAAUCCGAGCUCACACUCCACAGAAAUUGUUGUUUUAUGUACCCAUUAAGCUCAGCUCUUGCCGACGCAUCUAUCCCUGGAAUGUAGUUUAUCUUUCGCCAACUCAAUCUCAGUCCCUUUCUUUCUACUUCGUAAAGCUUUAUUGAAGUCUCCAAGCAAUCAACAUCAUGAUCAGAUCCCUGCCGUCGCUGCGAUCCUCAGGCAGGACAGUAGCUGCGAGCCUCGCCAGUUCCAGAUCGCAGCAGUCGAUAACACGCCAGCAGCUCUACCGAUUAGAUGCGAGAAGAACAGCAAUUCGCUUCGCCAGCUCUUCCAAUCAACCUCCAAAACCUCCAUCAGCCGAUGAAGAGCGCGACAGGCUUGCCCACAAGAAGCUCGAACCAAAUCCUGAAGGCGUAUCCUCUACCAGCAGCGUGCGAACCGUCUUGGAGGCCACUGAAGGAGCCAUGAGAGAGCCUCCGGGUAUCCCCUCAAGUCUCAAAUCUGACAUUGAUGUUGUCAAGGAUUCGUUCCGCCUGGACACAGUCCCUCGCGAAUCGCAUAUCCUCGGUCUAGCCGGCACACUGCCUUACCUUGCUACCUCUGUGUCGACCGUUUUCUUAGCAUUAAAUCUCAACACCGAUGUUCCUUCUGGCAAUCGUUUCUACAACAUGAUUUUCAUGGAACAUGAAACGGCGCAGUACCUCCUAGACUUCAUCGAGCCGCUGCAGCUCGGAUAUGGCGCCGUCAUCAUUUCGUUCCUCGGCGCCAUCCAUUGGGGCCUCGAAUAUGCAGAGAAGAAGCCGCAGCACGACCGCACUCGAUUCCGCUACGGAACCGGUCUCGCCGCCUCCAUCGUCGCCUGGCCCACGAUGCUAAUGCCUCUCGAGUACGCCCUGACAACACAGUUUGGCGCCUUUGUCGCGCUCUACUACGCCGAUUCCCGCGCCACGCGAAAAGGCUGGGCGCCGGUGUGGUACGCAAAGUACCGCUUCCUCCUGACCGCCAUGGUCGGGCUCGCCAUAUUCAUAUCUCUCGUCGGCCGCGCCGAGAUCUCUCAGCGGAAUGCGCAUAACAAGCAGAGCUUGCGAGCUAGAGUAGAGGAGUCCGGUAUUGCGGAUAAGAAUACGGAUUGGACAAAGUUGGAGAAGGAAGAAAAGGAUAGAAUCAAGAAGGAGAAGGCCAAGAAGGCGAGAGAAGAGGAACAGGCAAAGAAGAAGAAGUCCCAAGAUGAGAAGAAGGGCAAGGGCAAGAAGAAGGAUGAGAAGCAAGCCGACAACGAUAAGGAUUCGGCCAAGAAUAAGGGGGACGAAGAGGACGACUCUCAGGAUAGCCAAAAGGGCAUGGACAAAGACAGCGACGAGUCUGAGGACAGUGACAAGUCUGAAGACAGCGAUGAGUCUAAGGGCAACGAUGAGUCUAAAGACAAUGAUGAGUCCAAAGACAGUGACGAGUCCAAGGACGGCGAUGAGCCCAAGGACAGUGACGAGUCUAAAGACGGUGACAAGUCCGAAGAUGGUGGCAAGUCCAAAGAGAGCGACAAAUCCAAGGGUGGAAACAAGUCCAAAGACAGCAAGUCCAAGGAUAGCAAGUCUAAGGACAACAAAUCCAAGGACAAUGACAAAUCCAAAGACACCGACGAGUCCAAAGAUGGCGAAUCUGAUCAAGAUCAAGAAAAGACUGAUCAAGACGGUGAAUCAGACAAGGGCGGCGACGACAGCAAGAAAGGUAAUUAGCGCUGGAAGAGCAACCCGCACCGAACUUCAUGUAUUAGUAUUCCAUUAGCCUUAUCAUAGUAGCAAUCAUUAGUUAGCCCAGCAAUGUAUCCGUUCAAUAAGCAAUUUCACCG